AUGGUAUCACAGAUCAGAACGGCUGUAGUGUAUCAUAACAAGACACCUCAUAUAGCUGAUGAAAUCAAACUUCGUAUUCCUAUAGACUUGGACGAUGGUCAUCACUUGUUAUUUAGUUUUUAUCAUAUAUCUUGUAAGCCGAACAACAAAGAUGAAGAAGUGGAGUAUCCAAUAGGAUAUAGUUGGCUACCUCUUUUUCGUGACGGUCGUUUAUCUACUGGUGAUUUCCACCUGCCUAUAUGUCUCGAUCGCCUUCCAUCCAGUUAUGGAUAUCUCUCUCCAGACGUUGCUCUACCUAAUGUGCGAUGGCUUGAUGCGCACAAACCAACAUUCAAUCUCGCAAUAACAGCCAUCAGCACAGUCCAUCCGCAGGACGAACAUUUGGAGAGGUUUUUUAUUGGUGUAAAUUCGCUGAGUUCGACUGAUAGGAAAAAACCACCCAUAGGUGAAAGCGCUUUGAUCAGUGCUGCACAGGGUGUUACGAAAGCUAGGCCAGAACCGAUGGUGGCUUAUCUGUACAAUGUGUUGGACAAGCUCAUUGCCCUCAUCGCUAAUCGUCCAUAUACAGAGGCUCUUUCGUCUGCGUGUUUCGAAACGAUCGGUCAGUUGGUGAAGAUUUGUACUAUGUUACUAGACUCUUGUCUGGACAUGCAUGGUCGCAGCGCCCUACUUAGUUCCUACAUUCAUUACUUCAAGAUUGCGAUGAAAGGUUGGAGAAAGCUUUUUUCUUGCAAUUAUUAACC